AUGCCGUUUGAAUUAUAACGAAUUUCGAGUACGUCCUUUGGGUCUAUUCGAAGUAUCCAAUCAGCUGAUAUUGGUCUUUCUGUCCGCCUUAGCUACCUAUCUCACCUAUAUAAUACAGUAUGACAUGAAAUCAAAUCCUACUUGAAACGAAAUCUGCGAUUUAUUUGUCAUUAAUAAAACGUAUAUGUGUAAUUUAAUUCAACAUCAACGGACGUGAGAAGAUAUGAUAGAGAAUGUUAAAGCUGUAUAUCAAUUCUUCGCAGGGUGCAGGAUAUGUACUAGUCGAGCAGAAUUGAUCUCAAAUAUUACAAUUAGCCCAUAUGAUUACACUAUGAAAAGAAAACUAAUAAGAUAAUUAAAUUGAGAUAUAUAUCUAUAAGUCUCUUCAGUGUUAACCCUGAAGCAUUAGUAAAUAUUUAAAAUCGAUUUUGUAUUGCGACUACUGUUAGCUAAUGGGACUAGUCAUUAUUGGCUUAGUCAUGUUCGGAAGUCGUCGGUGGCAGUUUAACACCUCUUGGGUAUCUGUGUGCAUAUUAAGAGGUUCCUUGAAUUAUGCCACAGUUAUGGGAAUCAUUUGCUUCAGCGUUAAGAGCACUGGAAGUGGUGGUCGUCUGGUGGCCAAGAAUCGAAAGUGGUACAAGUGGGUCUGCCUGAUCUUAAGGAUUGUGAUGUGCGGCCAAUUUAUUCACAUAUAUAGUAGUUUAAUGUUUUUGUUCAAAGCAUCCCAUAUUAGGACAAUCCUAAUCAUGCGUGUAUUCAUAUAUGUGGUCUGUGGCGUCUACACCGCGGUGAUACAGUUUUGGUAUGGAGAUCGAGUGGUUGAUUUGGUCAACAGUUUCCUGAGGCUUUUUCAAAGGAUUCAUGCCCUUCGAGGAUCUGAGGAUGUUUGCUAUGGCAGUAAAUGGGUUCUGACUUUGCUGCUCUUAAAAGUGAUCGGCUUGAUGUAUGAGAGCUGCUACUUGAUUCCAGGGAGGAUAUCUGAUAUAAAUGCAGGUUAUCUGCUGACCACAAUUUGCGAAUUAUAUAAUACGGCCAAUGCAUCCGUAAUGUUGAAUGUUUACUUUGUGGCAUACCUCAGCAUUGGCAUAAUUUAUGGUCAGGUUAACAGUUAUAUACGACAAGAGCUCCGCCAGCAGCUAAACGAACUGAAGACCAUUAAUGGGACUCCAGCUAGUCGGAGGAAACUAAAAGCAGCUGCCCAGCGCCUAGAUGAGUGUCUGGAAAUUUACGACGAGAUUCCUCGAGUGGUCGACAGCUUUCACAGCUUAUUCGAGUUUCCACUUUGUGUUGUUCUAAUGUUUAAGUUUUUGAGCAUAGGAUCGAUUACGUUCUUCAUAAUGAAAAAUCUUGGGGGCGUAAGCUUAUGGUUCAUGGUUCUUAAGAUAUUAUUGGAUAUUUUAUUGCUGACCGUGGCGGUUCACAUUGCACGCAGCAAUUCCCGAGUUAUUCGGUGGCUGAGCGUGGAGAAUUACUACAUUACCAAUAACAAAGAUUGGCAUAUGAAGGUGAAUAUUAUGAUUGCAUCUCUGAAUAUAUGUAUGUCUAUGUUAAUGUUAACUGAACUGAUUCGUACUAUACGUUUUAUUAUAUGCUCCACACCUUAACUAUAUAUUCUAUUUUCUUUUCUGUUUUUGGAUCUGUUUUAGCUGGAAAUGUUCCUGAGCCGCCUCAAUUAUAAAGAAUUUCGAGUGCGUCCUUUGGGUUUAUUCGAGGUAUCCAACGAGCUGAUAUUGAUCUAUAUGUCCGGUCUGGUCACCUACCUCACCUACAUAAUACAGUACGACAUGCAGAGGGAAAAUCUUUAGAGCUUCGUCACGCUGUGGGCGCUUAUUAACAACCCUCUGAUUAUGAUAUGGUAAAAGGUACACCACUGCACACACCUGUCCUGCGGUCGCAUGUAAAAAUCCGUUGUCAGGACACCAACUCCAAUUUCCGCUUAACGUUUUUCUGUCUCACUUUUCCC